CUGUAGCUAGUAGAGCUGAUAAGUGACAAGGAUGGAGAAGCCUAGCGUAGACGAGCCUCUGCUCGUCACCGCCGGAGCCGAGAAGGCCAACGAGAAUGCCGCGGCAGCGGAGGCGAAGCGCCUGCUGCGGCUGGCAGGGCCGCUGGUGCUAAGCAGCAUCCUCCAGUUCGCGCUACCGUUGGUGUCAGUGAUGUUCGUCGGCCAUCUCGGCGAGCUUCCCCUCGCCGGCGCCUCGCUCGCCACCUCCAUCGCCAACGUCACCGGCUUCAGCUUGCUGGUUGGCAUGGCGGGCGCGCUGGAGACGCUGUGCGGGCAGGCGUUCGGCGCGCGGCAGUACCACCUCCUCGGCGUCUACCAGCAGCGGGCGAUGGUGGUGCUCGCGCUCGCCUGCGUCCCCAUUGUCGUCCUCUGGGCCAACACCCGCCACAUCCUCCUGCUCCUCGGCCAGGACCCGACCAUCGCCGCCCAGGCUGGCGCCUACGCGCGCUGGCUCAUUCCGUCCCUCGUCCCGUACGUGCCGCUCGCGUGCCACGUCCGCUUCCUGCAGACGCAGAGCAUCGUCCUCCCGGUCAUGGCCAGCUCCGCCGUCACCGCGCUCACCCACGUCCUCGUGUGCUGGGCGCUCGUGCACGGCGCUGGCAUGGGCAGCAAAGGCGCCGCGCUCAGCGGCGCUGUAUCCUACAGCGUCAAUCUCGCCGUGCUGGCCCUCUACACGAGGCUGUCGGGAGCUUGCGACAGGACCUGGACUGGGUUCUCCAUGGAGGCCUUCAAGGGCCUGCGCCAGUUCGCCGAGCUCGCCUUCCCGUCGGCCAUGAUGCUUUGCCUGGAGUGGUGGUCGUUUGAAUUCCUUGUGCUGCUCUCUGGUCUUCUGCCUAAUCCUAAGCUUGAAACCUCUGUCUUGUCCAUAUGUAUUAAUACCAGCGAUCUCUUGUACAUGGUGCCAUUUGGUCUCUGCACAGCCAUAAGUACACGCGUUUCCAAUGAACUUGGUGCCGGUAGUCCUCAGGCAGCAAAGAUGGCGACCAAAAUAGUCAUAUGUAUGGCCAUGUCUGAAGGCUUGGUGGUCGUUGUUACAAUGAUUCUGCUCCGCAAGGUCUGGGGUUAUAUGUACAGCAAUGAGGAGGAAGUUGUGACAUACAUGGCCCGGAUGAUUCCAGUUCAGGCCGUAUCCUUCUUCAUAGACGGACUCCAUAAUUCCCUUACAGGUGUGCUAACUGGAUGUGGUGAGCAGAAGAUUGGCGCACGAGUCAAUCUCGCCGCAUUCUACUUGGCUGGCAUCCCGUUGUCCGUGGUACUUGCAUUUGUCCUGCAUCUGAACGGAAUGGGGCUUUGGCUCGGCAUCAUGUGUGGCAGCCUCACAAAGCUUUUGUUGCUCACGUGGAUCGUAGUUUCAAUUAACUGGGAAAAGGCUGCAAUUAAGGCAAAAGACGCGGUGUUAGGAUCUUCUCUUCCGGUUGCAUGAAGAUAAUAGAUCAUGCCGCAAAAUUGUUGUGCUUCGGUGGCACAACUAAACAUGCAAUCAAGCGGAAUAUGAUUGAUAUGUAGAGCAGAGAGGCUUUGAUUAUCAAGUAAUCAACAUGCUUGAUAUUUUCAAUACUUUUGAAUAUUUCCAUGAUUCAUAAAUAUUUGAUAGUUGGGUCUGUAGAAGGUUUUUGUCGUAGGACCCCAUAAGGAUACCACUGAAAUCUUAAGAGCGGAUUUUUUUUGCUCCGAGCUUCAA